GCCGUUGUCGCCAUGGCUGAUGAUCUUGACGACGAGCUCUUCGCCCUCGCUGGCGGGGACGAUGAAGGAGACGUGGAGGAAGGCGAAGCGUCCUCAGUAGCCGCCUCGUCGCCCAACUCCCUCGGCUCUGAUGCCAUGGACGAGUCUGACUCUGACCGCGAUGACGACGUUCCCGCCGCCCGAGACAGCGACGUCUUGUACCCUCUCGAGGGCAAAUAUCGCGACCUCAAAGACAAGGCCUACAUCCAGGGUCUGUCGCAGCUGGAGCGCGAGGAGAUUCUGGGCCAGCGCGCAGAGGAGAUGAGCAAGGCACAAUUCUACGCACAAGUCGGCCAGCGUGCCGCUCAGCAGAACAAGAAACGCAAGGCCGAUUCUGAGGAGCCUGAUGACUCCGGUCCGCGCCGCGCCGUAAAGCCCAGGGUCAACGAGAAGCUCGAAGCCUACAAGCAAGCCCGUGAGCAACGUGGCCAGCAGCAGAGGGACCGUCAAAGCGACCGUCGGGACAACCGCCACCGAUCCAGUUCAGUGAGCCGUCGUGGCGACUCUGAUGUCGACGCAGAGGGUGAGAGCGAGGUGGAGUAUGACGAGCGCGAUCGAUCCAAGCCCGCCGCUCGCGAGGAGCUGCCUGCCAGCCUCACGCACUUCGACUCCGUCCGAGUUGGCCGUGGCUUCUUUUCCGUGGUGUGCUUCUACCCCAAUUUCGAGGAGGCCUUGACUGGCGCUUUCGGUCGCAUCGGUGUCGGCCAGGAUUCACAGCGCCGGACGCUGUAUAAGAUGGCGCAGAUCAAAGGUUUCACCACAGGCAAACCGUAUGUUUUCGAAGGCAAGAAUGGCAAGAAGCUUGCUACCGACCAGUACGUGACUUGCCAGCACGGCAACGUCAAGAAAGAGUACCAGUUCCAAUUCCUCUCCAACCAGCACUUCUCCGAGUCCGAUUUCGAUGCGUACAAGCAGUCUAUGGCCGAUGCAGGCAUGAAGCUUCCCACGCAAUCGGCUCUCAAGAGGAAAUUCGAUGACCUCAAAGCUCUCGAAACUCGCUUGUGGACCGAUGAAGAUAUCAACGCCCGUAUUGCCAAGAUGGCCAAAUUCUCCCACAUGCUAGCCAAAUCCAAGUCGGAGAACCCCGCACCUAGGAUCCCUACACAGUCUGAAGCUGCAGCCGCUCGCCUUGCUGAGAUCAACCGACAGAGCAAGCGUGCAGAGACUGAACGCAUCCGCAAAGCACAAGUCGAAGAGCGCCAGCAGAAGCAACAAGCACGGAAGCGAGCGGAGAUUGAGGCACGCAAGAGGAAGGCUGCUGAAGAGGAGGCAAAGAAGGCUCAAGAAGAGUCUGAUAUGGCCAAGGGACAUCUGGACAUGGAUGCCUUGUUCGAUGGCGGCGAUUCAUCGAGGGCCACCACACCGAAACCCCAGGAGAAAAAGAAGACGGAGCGGAAGGGAUUGCCGACCUUCAGGAAGCCCAAGAUGGACGACGACAUUCUCGCCUCCAUGGACAUUGUGUCUAUGCACUUUGUUCCCGGUCUUUUGGACAACAAUCAAAUCCCCCUUCUUCCCCGUGUCCUGCACAGGCCGGACUUUCACUAUUUGUUGCAUCUGCGAGGGCGUUUCCUUCAACUGGGGGUUUGCAUGACGAACCACGGGGGCGUUUCCUUCUUUGUCUAUUUGCUCAUCUUUUCAUUCUCGGAUCUUCUGGCUGGCACAGGAACCAGCAGAAUCAUACCCGGGAGGAUGAUGGAGAGAAAAGACGCUGCUGAGGUGUCAGUCGUUGAAAAAAAAAAAUUGAGUUAA